UGUUUCCGUCAUUCCCACUCUGAGCUUACAAAGUAAGUUCGACUACCAUGCCAGUCGACACAGCUCUGUACGAUCUCCUGGGAGUCUCUCCCGAGGCUACAGACGCCGAGCUCAAGAAGGCCUACAGGAAGCAAUCCCUAGCCAAUCACCCGGACAAGAAUCCCGGAGAUGAAGCUGCAUCGGCUCGCUUUCAAGAGAUUUCUUCCGCUUAUGAGACACUUGCAGAUCCAGACACAAGAGCUGCAUAUGAUAGAUAUGGAUCGGAGGGGAUGAGCGGUGGUCCCGGAGGUAUGGGGGGACCGGACAUGGAUGACAUCUUCGCUCAGAUGUUCGGCGGCGGCAUGGGAGGUAUGGGUGGCAUGCCAGGAAUGGGCGGCAGAGGUGGUCCCAGGCGGAAACCCAAGCGCGGGCAAGACUCGGUCAUCGACUAUGACGUCUCGCUACAAGACCUCUACCUGGGACGUACGGCCCACUUCAACCUUUCCAAGCAAGUCCUCUGCCCCACUUGCUCAGGUUCGGGUGCAAAGCAGGGUACCAAGGCAAAGCAGUGUGUCAAGUGUCAGGGUCAGGGGAGAUGUUUGCAGAUGAGAAGUAUGGGCAAUGGAAUGGUCGCCCAGAGCUACGCCACUUGUGACGAAUGUCAGGGAGAGGGAGAAAAGGUGCGGGACAAGGAUCGAUGCAAGCGGUGUAAGGGUGCAAAGACGGUCAAGGAUAAGAACAAGCUGGAGCUUAGAAUUGAGAGGGGUAUGACUGACGGACAGACCAUCGUCUUCAAGGGCGAGAAUGAUCAAGAACCUGGUGUCCCUCAAGCAGGAGACAUCAUCUUCAAGCUCGUCCUUCGCAAUGACAACACCAACUUCACCAUCAAAGGUCUCGACCUCAUGGCCACGGUCCACCUCACCUUGCGCGAAUCACUCAUGGGCUUCUCACGGACGGUCCUCGUGCAUCUGGACGGCCGGCAUCUCUCCGUGAACAAGUCACACGGAGAGGUGACAAGACCCGGAUCGCUGGAGAGGAUCAUCGGAGAGGGUAUGCCGAGGGAGAGGGACAUGGGCGAAAGGGGGGACCUGUACAUCAAAUGGGAAGUGGAUUUCCCUCAAGACGGGUGGCUCGAAGGCAGGGAUGACGCUAGCAGGUCACUCUCCUCAUUGCUUCCCCCGCCGAGAGCUUCGAUCCCGGAAGAAGACGAUACAGAAGUCACCGAGAGUCACACACAAGCUGCUCGGGAGGCAGAAUUUGGCAGGAAUCAGCCCAAGCAGACACAGCAAGAAGAUUUCUGGGAGGAUGAGACCGAGGCUCCUCAGGCAGGGUGUGCUCAGGCGUAG